CUUGGUGUGAGAUGGGAAACGUCGUAAACUGCGCUGUCCGCUUAACUUCGCGAGCAGAUUCAAAGCGCAGGAGGAGUUUGUGAUUGUUGAUCUUAAAAAUAACGUUAUUGGUUUGAAUAAUUCGUGAAGCAGCACCAGCAGCAGUACAGCAAGGUGUGCCACGACGGAAGGCGCCGUUUGUUUAUGGAGAGUGUACAAUGAAGUGCUGCUGAUUCCAGGAAAUGUGCCGAAAAGUGCAUUAAUGUGCAUGCUGCAUUCUUCUUUCUCGUGUUCGUGAGUGUGUGUUUGUGUGAAAAAGAGAGAAAAGAAACGACCAAUCAAUUUAGUGAGGCAAUGUUUUGCUGUUGUCGCGAUCGUGAGUAGAGCAUGAAGUGUUAGGAAGUGGUGCAUUCGCCACGACCUGCAGCAUCAUAUCGUGAGUGCAUGUGUGUUCGUGUGUGUGAUUAUGUGUGCAUGAAAAUCCUAUGUUGCCAGUAGUGCAGCAUCGCAAGUGAAACAAAUCAAAUAUCGAAAGAAAUUCCACAACUUCGUAUCUCGUAGACCCGAAGGUGAACAACAACAGCAGCUCAACAGGGCUCUGAAGAUAGGUUCUGGUAGCUACGGCAAAGUGUGAUCAAUCAUCAUCUCCCGCACCGUUGUAUUGUUGGUGUGUUGGUGCUGUUUGCUGCAUAGCCGCGAUUCGAGAUUCCUGCGAAGCAGUUAAUUUACAUUCCAAUACACAUUCCAGCUGUCAAUGUCACCGUUGCUGCGGAGAAUUGUCUAACCAGGGGUAUCCUUUUUCAGGCAAUAAAAGAUUAGGCAAAAUUUAAGCCUCUCGCCACACAAAGGUGGUGGUAAAAGGCUUUUUUGCGUGCGAAUCUUCUGCAUGUGUGUGUGUGUGCGCGCAGAAAACUCGAAACCGGUGCGAGGAAAAGUGGCCGCUUGAAAGACCGCUAUAAAGUGUGAGGAGAGUGCUGCACGGGCCAUAGGAGGAGCGAGGGAAAAUCGUUGCGAAAAUAACACUAAUAAAAGAAGGCAAAACACUCCAGCGAAGAAGAGUGCGCUCCAAAGGUGUGCGAGGUCCCGUGCGUAGUAGUGGUGGCGAGCAAUGGCCAUCAUCGGUCAUCGCAUGCUGUGACGUAGCUGCUGUGUGCAGUGUGUGAAGUGAAUCGUGAAACCGUACAGAAAAGGCGCGAACAAAACGAAGAAGCAGUAGAAAACCCGUCAGCAAAAAAAAAAACAAGUUACAACAACUCGCCGAGCUCAAGAGAUCGCCAAGAGCCCGGAGAGGCCUUUUGCAUUCCAGCGCGAUAAAAGCAAAGCGAGCAGCGAAAUGUGCGUCUGAUUCUUUGGCGAUCUUUUCGAAGCAAGCGAGCGAGUACGUCAUCGUUCGUAUCGUCGACAGCCAUCAUCGUCAUUAGCAUCAUUUGUGGAUCGUAUGGCACUUCCCGCUUUGCUGCUCACCUGCCACCCGUCAUCACGUCGCUAGUAGGCGUAAGCCAACAAGAGGAGCAACGUGCCGUGGGUGCAUCACUAGAACAAACUUUCUGUAGCCGCCCUCGUGGAGGAAAGGUUCAAUUAUCUGAUCUUCUUGAACUAUUCCUUCGACGGGGCUCGGUUGCCUGCGAACCAGAGCAAGCUAAGCAGACUAGUGCAUUACCUUGGUUAAAGUUACCGCUAACACGAACUGGCAACUGACACAACCAUAAGGCGCAUCCAUCGCGUGCGCCUAACGUACUCUCGUCAGCGAACGACAUCUUGCUACACUCCGCUGCCGGCCACCUUCGUUCGAUGAAAAUGUCGCUCAAUGAGAAACGGAUGUUUGAUCGUGAAACACUCCGAUCCGUCAUCCAGCAAUGGAACACGGUUCGGUUGGACAUUUUCGCGCUGUCGGAGCCGAAUGAGAACCUGGAAUUCCACGGUGUGAUGCGAUUUUACUUCCAAGACGAGGGCCAAAAGGUAGCAACCAAAUGUAUCCGUGUCGCAUCCGACGCCACCGUUUCCGACGUUAUCGAAACGCUGAUAGAGAAGUUCCGUCCCGAUAUGCGGAUGCUGUCCCUGCCAAACUACGCGCUGUAUGUGGUCCACGCGAACGGCGAAGAGCGAAAGCUGAACCCGGACGAAAAACCGUUGCUCGUUCAGCUCAAUUGGCAUAACGAUGAUCGUGAGGGACGAUUUCUGUUGAAAAAUUGCGCCCAAAAGACAAAUACCCUGGACAGCAUCACCGAUCAGCCGAGCUUCAAACGCAAGCUGUCGAAAAGGGAAAAGAAGGAGCAAAAGAAGAAAGAAAAGUUGAACAAACUGCAAUCGAGCGGUGGUGCUGGUGGACCGGAUUCGGAGAAUCAUGUUGCGGAGAAACUGUACACCGAGCUGCCGGAAACAUCGUUUACACGAUCCAUCUCCAACCCGGAAGCGGUAAUGCGGCGUCGCCGGCAGCAGAAGCUGGAAAAGAAAUUGCAACAGUUCCGGUCGAGGGACGGCGGCCCGGACACUGGCGGGACGCUCAAGAUCUAUGGCGAGAGCCUUUGCCGGGACGUGCCGUACAAAACGCUACUGCUGUCGAUUCGGGACUGUGCCCAGGCCGUAGUCCGGGAGAUGCUGGCCAAAUAUGGCAUGGAUAAAGUGGAUCCGCUCCACUACUGUCUCGUGCAGGUCAACAGCGACGGGUCCGAAUAUAUCCUCGACGAUGACGAAUGUCCUCUCUCAAUUCUAAUGAAUCAUCCUACAUCUCGAGGUUCGAUCAUGUUUCACGUGCGCCGCCGACCCGCGGAUUCGCAGCCGCGAAGACGGAAAAAGAAACCGCUGGGCGUAUCGAACGGUGGAAAUAACAUUGGCGGUGACCGGGAGGGUCCGAUGCUGAUCGAGAUCACGCACAGCGGCGACGGUGGGCGGCGCGUGAAGCUAGGCAGCGAACCGAUCGAGGUCGGUUCGGCCAACACUAAUGCCCUGCAGCUGUUCGGUCCCUCGAUACAGGCACGCCACUGUUUAAUAUCGAUGCAUGACGGAGUCUGCACCGUGACGCCCCUGCACGCAGAUGGUACGACAUUUGUCAACGGUCACCACAUCCAGCAGCCGACGAUACUGCACAAUGGUUCCGUGGUCAUGUUUGGCCGGGUUGCAUCGUAUCGUUUCGUCGACUCACCCUCGGAUGGGCGAUAUAAUCUGGCACUGUCUCAAUCCCAGCUGGAUUCGGCCUGUUUGUACGAAAGUCGAUCGCCGACCUCGCCAACAUCCUGGAACGACGAAGAGAGCCGUCCGAUCAGCCCGAUCAGUUCGGUACAGAUGGCAGGUGGUGGUAAGAUGUCGGCCGGAAGCAACGUCGGUGGUGGUAGCUUUCUCGAUGGUCCUGUGCCGUCGACCAGUGGCGAAAAUGCAUCCUCGCAACAACAGCCGAAUGUUUUCGCCAAAACGUCAUCGUUCGAGAUGCAAUCGACGUCCGGUGGUUCCCAACCAGCACAGCAAACCCAUCCCCACAUGCACCAUCAUCACCAUCACCAUCCGAGCGGCCUGCUCGUGACCGCAUUAGACGGGCCGGAUGUGAUGGGGGCAGACGAUACGGCCAGCUAUAAAGGAGGACAGGCUGGCAAUAACGAUCACAAUGAGAGCGAACAGCAGCAGCAACAGCACCUUCCGAGCAGUGGAGGAGGACCUUUCGGGGCUGGAAAUGGAGGUGAAACUGAAACGAAAUCUAUUUCCAGCUUCAAAUCAAUUGGAUCAACGAGCGACAGCAGGACGAAUACGUUCCCCAAACUGCAACCAUCGCACGCAGCCACAUCGAUUUCGGGCGAACCCGGUGGACAGGAACCCAUUCUGCCGGCCGUGCUAGAGUUUCCGGAGCAAAACCAGGAACCAUUUCUGCAAUCCGUCAUCAGCGAACUGGAUGUGAAUUCGCCCAACUUCAAACUGGCACCGGUCUACACACUCUACCUGUGCGCUCGGUACCGUGCCUCCACGCACUAUCGUCCCGAUUUGCAGCCAACUGAGCGGGCCCACAAGCUGACAGUAUUUCUGCAUCACGUUGCCAAUCUAAUCCAGAACGUUGUCCAGGAACAGUACACCGAUGCCAAAAUUCUGUCCUUCUGGAUGGCGAACAGUUCCGAGUUUCUGCACUUUCUCAAAUCGGACCGACACAUUUCGGCGUUCAGCGUGCAGGCCCAGGAAGUGCUGGCGGAAAGUGUACAAACAGCUUUCCGGAAUCUAGUAUCGAUAUUUCACGUCGAGCUGUCGCAGACGCUGAAUCAGUUCCUGUCGGAAAACAUCGAUCACGACUCGGCUGCCGGGCUGGUGUUGUCGGUGCUCGGCUCGGCGAUGGCUUUGCUACGCCGGUGCCGCGUGAAUGCUGCACUCACGAUUCAACUGUUUUCGCAGUUAUUCCACUACAUCAAUGUGGUGUGCUUUAACAAGUUCGUCACUACUUCACACAUGUGCACCAGCGCAUGGGGAAAAGCCUUAAGCGAACGCCUAUCGCUCCUGGAACUGUGGGCAGAAAAGCAAGGCCUAGAGUUGGCGGCCGACUGUCACCUAGCGAAAAUAAAUCAGUGUGCCCAAUUUCUGCAAGCCCCCAAAACAUCCGUGUCCGACGUGCAACAGUUGGCGUGUUCCUGCUUUCGGCUAAACUCGCUCCAGAUGGCUGCCCUGCUGUCACAGGAAACCAUUCCCCGUAAUCUGAUCGAUACUGCGGUGCGGAUGGCCGAAUCAGUUGCCGAUGAGCUAAGCCGUGCGGAUGGGCGUGAGAUACGGCUUGAAGAAUCGCCGGAGCUACCGCUUGCACUGCUUCUACCCGACGACGGUUUCAGCUGCGACGUCGUUCGGGGCAUUCCGGCCGGUUUGGUAGACUUCCUAAAUCCGUUCCAAAUGGCGGGCUGGUGCCGAUUAGCAUCCCAACCGACAAGCAUAGGCCUGUGGACGGUGUACAUGCAUCAGUUCAAUCAUGGUCGCUCGCCGAGUGUGAUGUCGAGCAAGCUACCGCAGCCCGAAGUGCAGAUUAUAAAGCUGCACAAAAACGCGAACGGAAUGGGACUGUCUAUCGUGGCGGCCAAAGGAGCCGGACAGGAGCGGCUCGGUAUCUACAUCAAGUCGGUGGUUGGUGGCGGUGCGGCCGAUUUAGACGGGCGGCUUCAGGCAGGCGAUCAACUGCUGGAAGUGGACGGUCAAAGCUUGAUCGGUAUUACUCAAGAACGAGCGGCGGAUCAUUUGGUGCGUACCGGACCAGUUGUAACGUUGAAAGUAGCCAAGCAAGGUGCCAUCUAUCACGGAUUAGCCACACUUCUCCAGCAGCCAAGCCCCGUUAUUCAGCGAGGCGGCCGAAGAAUGUCCGAACGAGACAUGACCCGGGUCGGAACAAGCAGUGGUGAUAUCAGCAAGCCCCCAGUACCAGCAUCAGCCGCCGGACAGCAGUUAUUGAAUAGUAAAUCCGUUCCAGCGCUACACCAUGUAGGCAAUAUUGGUGCCUCAGCCAAUAAAUCCCGUAGCAUACAUAACCUUGCCGGCGGUGGUGUUGGAGGAGGAAGUGCAGGAGCGAUCGGUACAACGGGAACGAGUCAAGAUCAAGGAUUCUAUCAAAACCUUAGUGUGUAUAGAGCCCAAAAUCAGAGUCAUCCAAAUCUUGGUGAAAGACCUCCAAUGCCCCUGCAGACGUCUCUCAAUUCCCCCGGCGCUUCUAGCACGGCACAUCAGCAACAGCAGCAAAUGCUGCAGCACCAACACCAACAUCAGCUCCAACAGCAGCAGCAGCAGCACCAACAGCACCCGAUUCUAAACCGUCCAGCGUCUGCCUACUUUAAUAGCAAUACUAGCAGUAACAAUACCAACCCUAGUAAUUUGUUACUGACAACACAAAACACCAUGUCUUAUACGAUGCCUAAUCAGCAGCAGCCUAAUAAUAGUAAUAACGGUAAUCUAGCAAACAUAUCGCAGCAACAGCAAGGUAACAUGAACACGAUGAACAGCCGACUAACAUCGACGAUGGGCGGAAAACAGCCGGCCGUACUACCCCCGGGCGGGGUCGGAAACAACAAUGGAAACGUAAACGGGUUUAUGCGAGAUGCCCAGGCACAGCAGAGCCUGCGCAUGAAUCAAAUGAUGGCACCGUCGAUGCCAAACAUUGCACAUUCGGUAGGAGGCAGUGGUUUUCCCGGGCCGGGCCUUAUCUCGGCAAGCCAGAGCAUGCAAAAUGUAAAUGUAAUUCCCGGCGGUCCGGGCAGUCCGGCUGGCAGUUACAACUAUCACGGUGGGAGCGCUAACGGUGGUAGCCCAAUGCUUUCCCCACAAAUGUAUCCACACGAUGGUCAACAGCAGCUGGGCGCUCAACAUCACUCUUCGUUGCUGCGCGGUCAAGCAAAGCUGGCAGAAAUGAACGAACUCAUCAAACGUCGCCAACAGCAGCAGCAGCAACCCGUUUCAUACAGCACGGGCACGACAAACAAACCUCCUUCGCAACAGCAACAGCAGCAGCAAUCGAAUUCGACAAUGCCUCCUUCCACGGCGCCGAAACCAAUGCGAGCUGCGCAAGAUGAUCAACCUCCGCUUCCUCCUGCAUCAACACAUCCGAUGUUCAAACCGGGCAGCGGGGGAGGGCCAAACAACAACGCUUACAGCAGCGCAGAUCCACCAAAAGUGGGCUUUUAUCCCACAAUGCCAACGCAAAACAAAAAUCUGCCCCAGGUCGGCAGCAGUCCCUGGGAACGGGAGGAAAAGGAAAAAGAAAGUGAGUUGCGCCGGGAGCAUGUGCGUGCCUGGCGGGAUCAACAGAUUGGCGAGUUGCAGUCACUGCCGCAGCGUACACCGAAGCAAGAAGAACAGCUGCGAACACUCAUCCUAGAGCGUGACUUUGAAAGGCGCGCAAUGGAAGAGGAUCAAGAUUACGACAACGAUAUGGCGCCGUACGGUGCAAAAGAGCAUGGCAAUGUGCAGGAGGUUGUGCGCCUAGCGCAACCAAACUCCGGCUCGAUCACCGCACCGAUGACGAAGCUGAAGCAGGUUGACAUCAAAACGCCAGCUGCCGACACGCUCUCUAUCACGUCCAGCGAACACUCGUCGAACGUGGUGCCGUCAGUUUCGUCGGCAAUUGCUAAUUUCCAGCAACAGCAACAGCAAGCAGCGGGCAGCGGUGGUGGACCACCCUUAAUUCAACCGAAAAGCAUACUGAAACACAACAACAACAGUAGCACACCGUCGUCCCCUUCGAAAGGGGCCGCAAAGACGGCUAGCUUUGCUCACGACGGUAACAAUCCAUCGGCACGGUCGCAGCUGAAUCUGAGCGAAAUAACGGCCAACAAUACGAAUGCGAACCAGAUGAUGUCGCAAAUGGUGCAUGAUAUGAACCAGAUGAAUUUGUCCUCCAACAUGGCUGCGGGUGUGGUUCAACAGGCAGGCGGCAUGAUGGGUGAAGAUCGUGAAAACAGUGAGUAUGGCCAUCCGAUGGCUCACGAACAGCAAACACUGAUGAACGGUGUCGGAGGAGGAGCGAACCCAUACAUGAUGGGCGGAGAUGCAAAUAAUGGCAACGGUGGUGGGGUUCCACCACCUCCACCACCAGAGCGAAACAGCUCCUAUGUGAUCAUGUCGCAGCAACAGCAAAAGCUACGGACAAACACUACUGGCCCUGCGAAGCUGUCGUUCAGCGGUGGCCCAAACACCAGCAGUCCCGCACUGGAUCUACAACAGCAGCAGCAGCAGCAACAACAGCAGCAACAGCAACAGCAGCUACAGAAUGCUAUGAACAACAAUGUCAAUACAAUGGGCGGCGGCCGGUACAACAAUAACAAUCUACUUAUGACAGCACCGAACACUGGCCAACUGAACAACAAUCCAUCUACGCCACUCGGUGGUACAAACAGUGUAAUGGCAUCGGGAGGAACCUCUUCGUUGCUAGCGAACAACAACAGCUACAAGGACAAUAAACGGGUGUCGUUCCACGAUGAGGACGCUGGUAACAACAACAACAACCCGUCGACGCCAAUGAUGGCUGGGCCCGCUGGUUACACACAAGCCGGUCAUCUGAUAGGCGGUGCGAUUGGUGGAAACGAAACGACAGGCGGAAGCGGAGAACUUGGAACUAUCUUGGAACGACCAGAUCCGGACCGCUUCAUCGAUGAAACUAUGCCGGCAAUGCUUCAUACACCCACCACACCGGAUGGCGAGAACUGGAACAUGCAAAUACAAGCAACACCAGGGGUUAUCGGAGCACAAGAAGUUUAUCGUGAUCCUCGAACGCGUCGGUUGGCGGAACAGCAACAGAAACAGAAAUCCGAAGCCGUACCAGAAAAGCUGUCGUUCAAAGAGAAGAUGAAGAUGUUUGCGCUGGAAUCGGGCGAAAAUAAUACGCCGAAGGAUAAGCUUAAAAUAUCCCGCGCUCAAAGGGAUAUUGAUGCCGUUCAUUAGAGGGGGGAAAAUGAACAGAUGAUGAACUUGUUUUAAUUCGUGCAUUUGUUUUAGUUAUCGUCUGCAUUUUCUCCGCGUAUUAAACGCGAAGUUUGUUAAACCCUUUACCAAACCAGAUACUGUGUACGUCGAAAUGGACCGUACAAACCAGAUCCGCAACUAGACUUCAUGGCAAGGAUAUGGUUAAUGAAUAUUCGCAACACCGAGAGAUUGUGUUUUGUUAAUACCCUUUUAAAGUUUUGCUCCGAUUGUUUAUUCCAUAUAGCGUACUAUGGAAUCGAGAGAAGACGAUAUGCUAUGGGGCUUUAAUCGUAGAUAGAUCAAAUCUUCUAGCUCGUGUAAAAGAUGUAAAAAGAAAAAAUCAAUACAGGACACAGAAGAAUAGAAAAGCGUCGUAGCGGACGAAACCGGGUUUGACUGGGAGGUAUUUUCCAAACGAAAACCACCACAUCAAGCAAUGGAAUUGAGGUAUGCAUGAAGAUAAGGAUAGCAUUAAGGAUCACAUACAUAGAUGAUCGUUACGAUUGAUACUUGAACCCAAUGGACCAAGAUGAAACUAACAGAAAACGUUUUAAUGAAUCAGCUUAGAGAAUUGUUUCUGUUUUUUAAUAUACAUACAUAUCCCAUAUGUAUACCGAAAUGAAGACAAACCAUAGUCAGCUAUUGAGAAGUUAUAUUUAUCUUAAAAAAAACAAAAGAGAGCGCGAACGAAGAGAACCGGAAGAAGCAAAAGUCAAUGAAAUCGGAACUGUUACAAGUUGAGUAUCUUUUUUAUGGUAAGACGUAGUUGCUAGAGCACACAGGUUAAGGUAGAUGGGAGGGGUCUCCAAACAGCAGAAGAAAGGUUUUAAAAACAUUAUCCCGAAGAAGGAUGUGUGUUCUCGUUGUAGUAUCCUGCAAGUUUCUAUAUCGCAAACAGCCACUAGAAUGGAAAUGCGUCGUGUUCCCAGAGUUCACUGAAUGGUCAAUUUAAUAAGUACAUCUAACGCACCCAUUCGUAGCCUUUCCCCUACGUGAUAAUGAGUGUGUGUGUGUGCAAGUGGUAGUGUAUAGGAUCGAGGAACUCGAGAAGUAAAACAACUAACACAUGAUAAAAACAAAACGGUGGUGCACACUAUUGUUAACAUUUACGAGAGAGUUUACACUCGCUUGCACCUAGCAGAUCUGUAUCCCUGCAGUUUCGCGAAACACGAAAGAUACCUAUAGUAUUAAUCCUGUGUUGCACUCACUCAAACUCAAACACACACACACACACACAAACGUACACCAACUAACAAACGGGUCCACUUUUUUUUUAAAUGAAGCACGUAAGUGAUUGCUUUCGUUUGGCGAAAGUGCUAGCGGAAACACAAGCGAGAUGGAUGCAAUUACUGGAGUCACAAUACCUUUCCGCAUCAGGAUGGCGUAAAAGAAAUUAGUAACGAAAAGGUAGGUUUUGGGCAAAACGAGUACGAGGCAGUAGAUUGUAGUGGAAAUCACCAAUACGAUAGGCAAGUGAUUUUAUUUGUUAAACAUAUUUUUAUAUCGCAAUCGAGAGACUAUUGAUGAAUUUCCAGCAUUUUUCGAUACAUUUAAGAAGAAUUUACCUCUUUAUCGACACCGGAUUGACCGAUUUCUAGCACAUAUUUUUAUCCUCAAUCCUUGUGAACGCCUACGCAAAAGCGAGCAACAAUUAGAACAUUUGUAAAGAUUGACUAGCAACAAACAGUACCGUAUAACCAAUGAAGAAGGCAGUAACGACGAAUGGUCCUCAGACACGAGCGGUCGAUCGCCGAAAAACAAUUGAUUAACAUUGUACCGCGGUAUGCAUCGAUAUGCGAUGACAUUUCGAGAACACACAUAUACAAACACAGUGGAAAUGAUGCAGCUGCAAAUGCACGUCACAAGGGAUGUACAAUUAACCACGUACCUUCCCAUCACGUAUUACAACGGAAUUGUAAAGGACUAAUGGUACAUUAGCUCUAUUAGAAGUGGUAGUAAUAGUAGUAGAGGUAGCAGUAGUAAGUAGCAUUAUUAUUAUGAGCAAUGCCGAUUUUAACCGAUAACGCUACGUUACAAAGUGUUUGUGUGUGUAUGUGUAGAUGUAAGGGCAUGUGUAACCGAUAAGGCAAGCAGUGUGAAAAGUAUUGGCCGGAAAAGGGAAAGGAUAUUCGGCAACAGAACACUACAAACAAACAAACAGAGCAAAUAGGCAGCGGUGUAGAAACGUUACAAAUAUACUCGAUAAUUACUAUUUUCAAACUCUUAAGAAAAUAUAAAAGCAGCUAUGUAAAUGUUAGUAACAGUUGAGAUAAAGCAACCAAUGAAAUACUAA